UUGAAGCUGACGUAAGUCACGCGCUUUUUAACAGUAACAGCUCCAUUGUGGCCCUGACAGAGCGCAAUCUGGUCUCGGUUCUGACGCGACGAGCAGGCUGACUGCGGGAGGAAAGAGCCAUGGCCAAAACAGACUGGGUGUCGGCCAGGACGGUGCUGUGGUGGCUGGUAUUCACCGGCACGGCCGUCAACUACGUCAUCCGCAUGAGCAUCAACAUCGCCAUCAUCGGCAUGGUGCGGGACCGCAGCUCCGGGCCGGACUCCCUGGACACGGCCGAGCGCUGCUACAACGCGACUGCCGCGCGCGCCGCUGGGAACGCCACCGUCGCGCGGGCCUCCAGCCUCGUCGACACGGUCGAGGACAAAGUGGACUGGGACGAGUACCAGCAGAACCUGGUGCUGGGCGCGGCCUUCUGGCUGUACUGGCUGACCCAGGUGCCCGGCGGCGUCCUCACGCACCGCUACGGCACCAAGGUGGUCCUCGGCGCCGCCAACUACACCAUGUGCCUGCUGGGGCUGCUCAUCCCGUUCGCCACCUUCAGGAGCUUCCACCUGCUGAUAGUCAUCAGGGUGCUGCAGGGUUUCUCCGGGGGCUUCGUCUGGCCAGCGCUACAUGCCGUGACAGCGGCCUGGAUUCCUCCGAACGAGAGAGGGAAAUUCAUUUCGGCCUACACAGGCAACUCCCUUGGCACCGCGCUGACGUUCCCGCUGUGCGGGCAGAUCGUCUACUGGUUCGGCUGGCGCAUGGUGUUCUACAUGACGGGCGUUCUGGGCACCGUGUGGCUGCUCGCGUGGUACCUGCUCAUGUUCGACUCGCCCGCCCAGCACCCGAGGAUAUCGCAGGCCGAGCGGAGGUACAUCGAGGAGAGCCUCGCCAGCUCCCACACCGAGAAGAAGUUACGAACACCAUGGAAGGCCAUUGUGACGUCUGUCCCCAUGUGGUUGUUGAUAUUUACGCAGUGGGGUAACCUAUGGUGUCUGAACCUAGCUCUUACCCAAGCACCGACUUACCUGUACACCAUCCAUGGCUGGAACAUACAGAUGACGGGCGUGAUGUCCGGAAUACCCCACAUACUGAGGAUCGGCUCCGCUAUUGGUUCGUCUGUGAUCUUCGACAUGCUCCUGCAGAAGGAACACCUUUCACGGACGGCGGUCCGAAAAUUAGCUGUAGCAAUAUGCUGCAUUGGGCAAGGACUCGCGAUGGUGGGAAUGGCGUUCAGCGGCUGCAAUGCCGUGAUGGCCAUGGUGUUCAUGAUGAUAGCAAUAGCCAUACAGAGCUUGGACUCCUCGGGGCAGAUGGCCAGCUUCGUCGACCUCAGCCCCAACUUCGCCAGUAUACUGUUAGGGAUUGCCAACGCAGUGUCUGUCCUCACUGGAUUCGCGGCACCCACACUUGUUGGGCUGCUCACAAAAGGAAAUCAAACCACGGCAGCAUGGCAGCAGGUGUUCCUGGUGUCAGCGGCCAUGGUAGUGCUACCUGAUGUGCUACACCUGUUCUUUGGUACCUCCGAGCUGCAGCCGUGGAACUCUCCCGAGGCCGACGGCACCGAGAUGGCGGACGUCAAGGAGGAGCUGCAGAAGCUCAACGUCGACGCAGAGCUCAAAGAAAACGACGGCGAAGAGAAGAAAUAGCAGCUUUGAAUACAUACACUGUAUAGAAGUCGCGAGCGGAUAGGAUUUACUCCACGUUUUUCAGGAGCGUGUGAUGAGCAGCUUGGGAACUUCACCGCUGCAGUGCGCUGCCGUAACGCCGUGUAUCGUCUUAGGUUGUUAUUUACAUGUUAGAGCGCAGCACUGUCGCCCGCUGUCAUUCCCCGCACCCCCCAUCUAUCAUUCACUGCAGCUCAAGGUCGUUCAACUGAAGGGGGAAGGGGUGUUUGAAGAGUUCGACACUUGUCCGCUAGGGACCACCACAAGUCGAUGCCCUAGAGAUGGUGGCGAUUGCGGCGGUGAAUCAACCAACUACCUCAAACCGUAUUGGAAAUUUUAACCUGGGCUGGCGACUUCUAUACAGUAUAUAUAUUCAAAGAUAGCAGCCAGCGGUGUCGAGAUCCCCGUCCUCGCUUUGCAACCCAGCUGUUGUGAACGCCCGGGGGCCGUAAAGACGUCACUGGCUUGCGUGUCCAGUGUCACCAUCACCUCUAUGUGCAAGGUUGUGCUUGUUUGCGGAGUGUGACUUUUUCUCUGAUGACUAUGUCGCCUCGGUGCACACGACCAAUGAAUGCCUUCAAUCGUUUGACGUUCUUAUCUAAAAUCCCACCUAUUUUAACAUACCUACGCACUUAAGAGGAAGAACAAAUAAACUGGCACAGGUCUAAUUUCAUGCAUGUGAUGUUUCUUAAAUGAUAUUUUAAAGCCAGACUUCACAGUACAGUAUUUGGUAGAGCUUAAAUAAAAUAUGGAGUUUUAAAAUUCUACACAUUGAUGUACCAUGGGUAGGUGGGUCCAUGUGGCAGUGUGUUGGAAAUAUACUUUGAGUGUUCAGAUAGUAAUUAAAUUCAAAACAAGCUCACAGGUUUGAAGAAUUAACUGAACAUAUUAGAAGCAUUUUAACAUGAUCAAAAAAUUUUGUUUAGGCUACUUGUACCAGCUGGAUACAUGCAAAUCUAUGAUGCACAAUUGCAAUUAUAUUAUUUGUACUACAGCAGUUCAACCUGAAACCAACCUCCGUGGCUUAGUCGGAUGCACACCCGCACGAUGUGAGGGGCUUUGGGUUUGAGUCCCGGACAAGGCAUGGAUGUUAAUCUAUGUACUGAUAUUUGAUUAAUGAUAUGAUAAUAAAAGGCUUCGACUAAGAAAAGGCAUCUAGUGCUGGUUGUGGGCGGAAUCCAAUAGCCAUUCAACCAAUUAAUAAGAAUAAUAAGAUAAGUUCAACCUGAAAUUAUAAGGUCAUCACUUUGAGACGAUUGCUGCACAUUGCCACUGCACAGAAGACAUACCAGUUCAGAGCCUUGCAUGUGAAGGCGAUAUCGCAACUCCAUCCUCAUCAUGCUUUGAGAAUCAGGAGGCGUGUGCGAACUCGACCAAAGAGCGUAAACAGUGAUUCCUAGCCGACAGUACACCCAACUCUUUGAGUUUAGUAUGACUCUUCACAUAUAGGUAACUGCUCCCUGAUGAUGGCGACUGCAAUGUCGACCGAAACGUCGGUGAAUCAUUCGCCAAGGACACGGCUACAACCCAGAAGCCAAGCUACUUCAACAGUGAAUUUUGUUUGAUAGCAAAGAGAUUAAAUUUUCAGUUUGUUGUAACUUUAGCAUUGUUCACUAUCAAUUAAAUUGCAAGAAAUAAAAACUGAUUCAAACAUA